AUGCGGUGGGCAGAUCUGGAGAAGUCGGAGCAUCUCAAGGUCGACCGCUUCACAAUCCGGUGCGAUAUCACGAUUGCCAACAAGCUCUACAAGGAGCGGCGGAGAGCUGCGUAUGGGUUGGUUAAGGUGCCACCAUCCGAUCUGCACCAGCAUCUCGGCGAGCUCCUCGCGUCCAAGCAAGGCGCAGAUGUUACGUUCCAUGUUGGCGGCGAGACGUUCAGAGCGCACAGGUAUAUUCUCGCGUCCCGGUCGCCGGUCUUCCAGGCAGAGCUCCUUGGCCCGAUGAGAGAAAGCCAUGCUGCGGCUGUCGUCGAGAUACAAGACAUGGAGGCGCAAGUGUUUCAAGCCCUGCUAGAGUUCGUGUACACCGAUGCCUUGCCUCAGGACAUGACGCGGGAGGAGGACGCUGUGAUCUGUCAGCAUCUACUUGUUGUGGCGGACAGGUACAGCAUGGACAGGCUGAAGCUGGUAUGCGAGGACCGGCUUUGCAGGCAUAUCAACGUGGCCUCCGUGGCUAUCAUAUUGGCUUUGGCCGAGCAGCACCGGUGUCAUGGCCUCAAGGAGGCAUGCCUCCAGUUCCUUGUGUCCCCGGCUGUUCUCAAUGCAGUCGCAGCAGCCGAAGGCUUUGAUCAUUUGGCUAAUACCUGCCCUUCUGUUUUGAAAGAUUUAAUCUUUAAGCUCACCGACUGUCGUCUCGAUAUCUGGGGGAAAACAGGUUAG